CCUUCGCCAACCCAGAUCUUGGAAAAGGCAAAAAAGAAACAUAAAGACCAAGAUAAGGACACCCUUCUCGAAAAUUUCCAAAACAAACAAAAUAAUUUAAAAAAAUAAAAACCCCCCAAAACCCAAAACCCAAAACCACAUACUAAAAACAACAUCCCCGCAAUCAUGGCGCCCAAGAACAAAGGUGGCGACAAGAAGGCCAAGGGAGGUGAUGAGAAGGGGAGUAAGGGCUUAAAACCGGCUACGUCGAUUAACGUGCGGCAUAUUCUUUGCGAGAAGUUCUCGAAGAAGGAGGAAGCGUUGGAGAAGCUACGCAAUGGGGCUAAGUUUGAUGAGGUUGCCAGGGAGUUUUCGGAGGAUAAGGCUAGACAGGGUGGUUCUCUUGGCUGGAAAGUCCGGGGAAGCCUUGAUGGGUCUUUCGAGAAGGCGGCAUAUGAACUGGAGCCCAGUACCACGGGCAAUCCCAAGUACGUGGAGGUGAGGACUGGCUUCGGAUACCAUAUUAUUAUGGUCGAGGGGAGGAAGUAGUCCCCUCGUUUUCCCUGUUAUGCAUCUAUAACUUCUUCCAUGUCAUGGAGAGGGAUGGACGUUGUCAAAUGAAAU